AUGAACAAAUUAGCAGGUAUGCGGCAUUGGUCUGAGAGGAUGGGCCCUGGAUUUGGCAUGUCCAGGCCAAAUAUGAACAUGACGGCCAUAACACCGCAACACAAGGCCGCCCACGGAUCGUCCCCAAUUCUCUCGCCCACCGCCGCCGAGACACCCAUACACUACUCCUUCAAUGUGCCCUUUGCUUCCGACCUCGCUGGACCCAACGUCGAGGACAUCCUGUAUGCGACGGAACGAGCUGUCGAGCGAUGGACGCACUCUGCAGACGCGCCGGACGAUGUCCCCAUUCACGAGCUUCCCGUGCACCGAGAGAACGUUGCAAACUUGAGGAACAUCUGCAGAGAUCUCACCAACGGCGUUUUACCCAUAGAAGCAUAUGUCACAUCGUCCAUACCGAAGAGAGUGAAAGGUCAGGUUACAAAUGUCUGUCUUUCGGGAACCUCGGAACUCGUUCACAAGAGCAGGGAGACCAUUCUGAAUGAGACUCCACUGGCAUUGCGAUGUACUGUUGUUGAUGUUGACGGCGAACUCGUCAUCGACUCCGCUCAGACGGCACUAAAAGCGAAUGUCGUAUCACAUCUCGACGAUAUUGCAAAAUUCUGCGGAGUCGAUAUUUUCCUGUUAGGACCGAAAUUCGCCUCCCUGGGAGAGACUCAGAAUGGAAAUGGAGAUGCUGGACGAGAUCAGAGAUGGAGAAUUGCUGUGUACGGAGAUAUGGAGAGUGCGGAGCAUGCAAAGACCAGGGUCUUGAUUUUCAUUGACAAGCUGCUUGGUCGUAUUGUCGAUGGAACCUUGCUCGAGCUUUCCCUCCAUACGGUGGUUUGUGGCCGUUCUCGAAAGAACAUCAAGCUCAUCGAGUCCACAACCGGCACGGCCAUCUAUUUCCCACCACCAUUCUCCCAAGUAUAUCGAUACUGCCCUGUAGGUGCUGAACGACGAAAUCCCGAGGAGAUUUUCAUCACUGGAGAGACUCCACAGAACAUCGCCAUGGCAAAGCAAAAGAUUCACGAGCUGGUCACCCGAACUAGGAUCUUCAUGAAGGAUGCCGUAGUUGCUGCCCCGAAGAUUGACAGCAUCUUGCUAGGAAGAUUGGAUAAGGUCCGCAAGAUCAUGGAAACAAACGGCACUUUUAUCCAGUUUCCGGCACUGGCAUCUCAACGCAAUAUGAUCCGAAUCCAGGGUGUCGAAGGUCUUCAUGUCGAGCGGACUGUGCGGGAUGUCAUGUCACUGACCGGUCAAUUCUACAGUGCUUCUUGGUGGAUUCAGCAAGCAAACUCGACACGUCUACCAUCUCCAAGUGAGAUCCGAACCAUGCUUUCGGACAUCUGUGCCAACUCCGAUGCCGAUGUGCAAUUUGACAAGCUUACUUUCAGUAUCACUGGGUCCGACGACGCUGUCAAGAUGGCAUUAAUGGUUAUCUCUCACAUCAAGUUUGUCACCAGCGCUCAAUACCAGAUCAGAGUCAAGAUUGAGCUUGCCAAUGAGCAUAAGGAAUUUGUCAGUGGCAAGAAAAAUGGCAAGAUUAACAAGAUCAUGGGCCAAAGCAGUGUUCAGAUCAUUUUCGACGGCUUCAACGAGUACAAUUUCAACAUCGACGUCUGCGGUGCAAACUACGAAGCUAUGAAGUCUGGACUGAUGCUUGUUGAGCAAGAAAUGCCAGCCUCGAUCUCGUUUCAUGUCCCGGACCAGUAUCACAAGCGUAUCAUUGGUAUUGGAGGUCAACACAUUCAACGCAUCAUGAAGAAGCACUCCGUCUUUGUCAAGUUCUCUAAUGCUAUGGACCGUGGUGGUGUGGGCCGAGAAGAUGAUGAUAUCAAGGUUGACAAUGUUAUCUGCCGAACUCCUGCACGCAAUGCCCAGAAUUUGGAACUUGUCAAGUCCGAGAUCUUGGACAUGGUUGAUCGAGUCGACUCCGAAUUCACAACCCAAAUUGUCAACGUUGAUCGAUUGUACCAUCGACAGCUCAUUGCCCGUCUUGGCCAGCUCGAAGAAUUGGAGAAGAAGUGGAACUGCAAGAUCAUAUUUCCCAGCACCGAACAAGCCAGCGACGAUGUUACCAUUUCUGGUCCUGAAUGGCAGGUUCCUCACUGCGUCGACGAGUUCUUGGGCAUGGUUCCUGAUGAGCAUGAGCUUGUUCUGGCUUCUACUCCUGACCUGGUCAAGUUCCUCAACUCUAAGCAGUUCAAAAAUGACCUGGUCUCCAAGCUCAAGGCACAAUAUGUGGUGGAGGUACAAGUCCGAGAGGAUCCCAACGAAAAGACAGAAGAAGAUGGACCUACCAUCACUCUCCUUUGGAGCUUCACACGAAAUAAUGCUGGUGGGGUCAGAGAUGCUAUUGACUUCCUGACCUCCAAUCUUGCUUCUGCCGGCAUUGAGACCACGACUGUGAAAGGAGCCAUUCCACGACCAAAGUCGGAUUCUUUCGAGGAGUCUCUUCAAUUCUUUGACUCGAAGCUUCUUCAACAUGCUCCAGCUCCUGUCUCAACAGAUUCUCCCACCAAGUCCUCUUUCGGUGACGAUGUUGCUCGCGAGCGCAGCACCAUCUUUGACAAACUUCGUAAGCCUGGUAGCAUGUCUUCUAUUUCUUCCUUCUUGGAUCGCCGCAAGAAUAGCUCUCAAUCACCAGCUGGUUCGUUCUUCAAGAAUGGUUCUAGCAAUGUAUCGAAGUCAUCCCUGAUCUCGAUCGAGUCCACCCGGAGCUUUAAUGCUGACCGCAACCCAUGGAACGACAGUGGUGUGAACUUGCCGGACGACGACUCCACUCCAUGGCCUACAACCCGCCAUUUUGGGAAUGGCAGCGGUAGCAGUAACGAUCAUAAGCCUUCUCAACUCCAGCAUCCAGGAGAUGCAACGCCGAGACAUUCAAUGCGAGCAUCGACCGACAGUGGUCGUCCCUCCACUUCUCAUUCAACCAACUCAGGAUACCCAGGCCCUAUUGGCCCUCCGCGUUCUUAA